AUGCCUAUGUCCACUCUUCCAGCAGCUAUUUUGUCUCACAUGAUUGCUAUUAACAAUGUACCUCCUCCCUCAUUUCGCAGUAUACCAAGCUUGAAAAUGUCUAAGCACGUUAAUUAUGGUCAGUUGAAUGCAUUAUGCCACAUUAGAGGACUACAACACAGCUCUCUCAAUAUUGGAUCAGCUCACAACACAUUUAUGAAGCAAUAUCCUAAAAUAUUCCUGCACAAGAAACCCACACUGCCUAAGACUUUCAAGCAGGAAAAACAAAGAAAACCUAAAGGAAAUGUAGAAGACAGUCAAUACCAGUAUCCUGAUGAUUUUCACAACAUAGCUGUCCAUAUUAGAAAAGCACGUGGUGGCCAAGAUUUACAUGGACCAAAAGUAUCCCCAGAGAAAAUAGCAGAAUUCUUAACUAUCUUAAAGAAACUGCCUGUUCACAGAACAACGCAUGAACACAAUAUCGUGUGGAAGAUGCUGAAGACAAUUCCAUACUUAAAUUCCAGGCUAAACCGGGAGCAUCUGAAGACAAUUAGCAAGAAUCUCAUUUCUGAAACAUGGAUAAAAGGCAGUACAGUGACUGGAAAUGAUGGUUUUUAUAUAAUACUGAAAGGUGUAGCGCGACUGCAGCCACAGAUUUGUAAUAAUUUGGUUGGAGGAAGGGACUCGGCAGUCAGUUAUAAGCCUCAGACUUUCAGUAGCUUUGUGAUCUUCGAAGACUUGAGAAGCUCUGAAAUUGCUAAGCUGUGUUCACCUUUACAAAAAUUACUUCUUGGACAAUGGAGUACCUUUGGGUCCCUGGAGACUGAAUUAGAACCACAGUCUUUCUCAGUGGUGACAGAAGAGGAGUGUGAAAUUCUGAAAAUCCCUGCAAAGGAGUAUGCAAAGUUAAAAUUGGAAAUGAUAAAACAUGAAAAUGUACAAAAGUUUAAAUUAAUCCAUAAGUGUCCAUAUUAUGAAGAGUGGCCUACUUUAUCCAUAAAUGAACUAGUUGCACUCAUCAAAUGGAAAAAAUUUCCUCCAGGUCAUGUGAUAGUGGAAAGUGGAAAUAUAAUGUCUUUUGUGGCUUAUAUUAAUUCUGGAUAUUGUAACAUCUAUAGAAGUAUCAUAGGACUUGUGAGACUACAAACGAAUAAAGUGAAAAAAAUUCCAAAGCUUGUCUACAUGGGUAGACUUAAGGAGAAAGAGUCCUUUGGUGAGAUUAGUGUUCUUCUUCAAGACCCUUUCCCAUGCACAAUCAUCACGGGAAAAGAAGUUGAGAUGGCGAUCAUUGAGGACAAGGACAUAUUUGGCAAGUAAUUAGACCAAGUGACAAAACAACUUAUGCUCCAAACAGCUAAGCCAACAUUUGGCCAUUUGACAGAUGAAGAUGUCAAACUUAAAUAUUUGCAAAGAGAACUACGAAAGGAAUGGAAGCAUUUCAAGGAUAAAACCAUGGAAAACACCUUGUAUUACAAUGGAAUUAUACCAGGCUUUGGGAAAUGGAACCACUACUGGACAAGCAUUCCCAGGAACCUAAAGGAUACUCUAGUGAAUUAUUAA